CAUGGCUUGCUGAGGGCUGUGGCUGUGAGCAGGUCUUCAGGAAAGUCAGGGAGGAGGAGCUGGAGUGUGGCUGUGGCCUGUGGUCUGGAAGACAGGGAAAGAAUGAGGCUGACUGAAGAACCAGCUGGGCCAGACCCUGAAGGCUGCAGAGGCACAAGUGCAGAGGAGGAUGCCAAGUGGCUUCAGUGGGUGACACAGCAGUUCAAGAACAUUGCCGGAAAAGACAGGGAGAUCAACCUACAAGAAUUCAAAAGAGCAYUGAAUGUGAAAGAGUCCUUCUUUGCAGAGCGGUUCUUUACCCUGUUUGACUCGGACGGAAAUGGCACCAUCACCCUGGAGGAGCUGCAGGAGGCGCUCACCCUGCUCACCCGCGGCCACCCCAUGGACAAACUCAAAUUCCUCUUCCAGGUGUACGACGUGGAUGGCAGCGGUUCCAUCGACCCCGACGAGCUGCGCACUGUGCUGCGGUCGUGCCUGCGCGAGAGCGCCAUCUCGCUGCCGGAGGAGAAGCUGGACCAGCUGACGCUGGCGCUCUUCCAGUCCGCGGACAAGGACGGCAGCGGUGCCAUCACCUUCGAUGAACUACGUGACGAGCUGCAGCAGUUCCCCGGCGUCAUGGAGAACCUGACCAUCAGUGCUGCCUGCUGGCUGACACCACCUGCCAACCGUCGUCCUCUGCACAGGCCACGCCCACUGACAGCUGCCUACUGGCACAACCACCGCAACCAGCUGCUCUGCCUGGCCACCUACACUGGCCUCCAAGUGCUGCUCUUUGUGCUGGCAGCCAAUGCACACCGGGCCCUUGGUGCCAGCAUCAUGGUGGCCAAAGGCUGUGGCCAAUGCCUCAACUUCAACUGCAGCUUCAUUGCGGUGCUGAUGCUCAGGCGCUGCCUUACRUGGCUACGAGCCACGUGGCUGACUCAGGUGCUGCCCCUGGACUACGUUAUCCAGUUCCACCAGCUCAUGGGCUACAUAGUGGUGGGACUAUCUCUUGUGCACACUGUGGCCCACGUUGUAAACUUCGCACUCCUGGCUCAGUCCGGGGCCAGCCCCUUCCAGUUCUGGGAACUGCUGCUCACCACGCGGCCUGGCAUCGGCUGGGUGCACGGCUCAGCCUCCCCAACGGGCGUUGCACUGCUGCUGCUGCUGCUGCUCAUGGUCAUCUGUUCCAGCCCUUACGUCCGCAGGAGCGGCCACUUCCAGGUGUUCUACUGGACCCACCUGUCCUACCUGCCCCUGUGGAUCCUUCUCAUCCUGCAUGGGCCUAACUUCUGGAAGUGGCUUYUGGUCCCCGGCAUCUUGUUCCUCCUAGAGAAGGCCAUGGGGCUGAUCAAGUCCCGCAUGGCACCCCUGAGUAUUGUGGAAGUCAACCUCCUCCCCUCCAAGGUCACUCAUCUCAUCCUCYAGCGGCCCCCUCUCUUCCACUAUAGGCCUGGGGACUACUUAUACUUGAACAUCCCCACCAUCGCUCGCUAUGAGUGGCACCCCUUCACCAUCAGCAGUGCUCCAGAGCAGAAAGACACCAUCGAGCUCCACAUCCGGUCCCAAGGCCAGUGGACAAACAGGCUGUAUGAGUCUUUCAAGGUGUCAGACCCCGUGGGCUGUGAUUCCAAGAGGCUCUCAAGGAGCUUGAGGAUGAGAAGGAGUCAGAGGAGACCCCAGGCUUCUGAGACGUCCUCUGAGAACCAUCAAUUCUGUAACAUCAAGUGCUACGUCGAUGGCCCUUAUGGAACCUCCACCCGCAGGAUCUUUGCCUCGGAGCACGCCGUGCUCAUUGGGGCAGGUAUCGGCAUCACCCCCUUUGCCUCCAUCCUGCAGAGCAUCAUGCACAGGCACCAAAAGAGAAAGCACGUUUGCCCCAGCUGCCAGCACUCCUGGAUGGAGGGCCUCCAGGACCACGACAUGAAGCUGCACAAGGUGGAUUUCAUCUGGAUCAACCGAGACCAGAGGUCUUUUGAGUGGUUCGUGAGCCUGCUGACCAAACUGGAGAUGGACCAGGCCCAGGAGGCACAAGACGACCACUUCCUGGAGCUGCACAUGUACAUGACUUCUGCACUAGGCAAGAAUGACAUGAAGGCCAUUGGCCUGCAGAUGGCCCUCGACCUCCUGGCCAAGAAGGAGAAGAAGGACUCUAUUACGGGUCUCCAGACACGUACCCAGCCUGGGCGGCCCGACUGGAGCAAGGUGUUCCAGAAAGUGGCUGCUGCAAAGAAGGGCAAGGUGCAGGUCUUCUUCUGUGGCUCCCCAGCUCUGGCCAAGGUGCUGAAGGGCCACUGUGAGCAGUUUGGCUUCAGGUUCUUCCAAGAGAACUUCUAGCUGCCCCUCUCUGUGAGGCUGUGCCCCAAAUCCACUCCAUCACUGGCUUUGUCAUAGGGGUAUAAGUGCCCCUGUGUGGACCAGCCUCAGACCACCC